UACACAGAAAGGGGGGGAAACCAAACCCAGCGUCCGUUCAAGCAGUCUAAGAUAGGUAACUUAAGCCUUUCACCACGUACGAACAUAAUUAAUGUUUUUUUUUUUUUAAAUGAACAGGUAUGAGUAAGGUCCUUGAAUUCAGUGGUUUAUCUAAUCUACGUAGAUAGAACCGUUUGAAACACCUUAAACUGCGUCCCGUUCAGGAGAACUGGAAAAAAAAAAGGCCUAUACUGUAGAUUCCAUAGCGACGUGAAGGACAAUGGAUGGAGAACUGGAGGGUGAUGCUGGACUUCUGAAGAAGUUUAAGAUCCAGCUCAUCGAUGUUCUCUGUGGAGAUGUGGACUAUGUGCUCCAGCAUUGCCAUUCGCUCUCGUUACUGUCCCAGCGAGAAUACGAGCAAAUCAAGGCCACUGUCAUUCCAUCGCAGCAAGUUAGAGACAUCCUGGAUUACAUGAUGACAAAAGACAGGAAAAGUGUUCAGAGCUUCUUGAACCUCUUAAAGAAGGAUGACAUGCAAAAGUCGUUUCCGAGACUAGAGUUCCUCAAAGAGCUGUCUCUCAGCGAAGCACGAACUACAGGGGAAACGGUCACGAAAAGAAAACAGCCGCCAGCUGAAGACGUUCCCCAGAAGAAGGCUUUUACAAAGGGCGACUGCAUGGUGUCGGAGAAGCAGCUGAUGCUUGUGGCCCGCUGCGUCGGCACAGGCUGGAAGGAGGUAGCCCGGGUGGCCCUGGACCUCCCCAGCACCAGGCUGGAGCAGAUCGCCGAGGAGAACCCCAGGAACCACAGGGAGUGCGUGUUCGCAGCACUGCGCUGCUGGCGCAUGCGUGAGCGGGACAGGGCCACUUGCGCCCGCCUCCACCACCUCCUCGCGCAGGACGAGGCCGCCGUGGAGCCCGGGAGCAUCGACUUCCUGCUCGAGGAGAGCUGACUCUGUUUCGGCGGGGGCGGCAGGGAGCAUCAGUGACCUUAGACAAACGUGUCUUAAACAAAUAGUAAACCAGAUCCCCCAUGGUUCUCUACGACAACAAGAGUUUGCAUAAGCAGUCACAAACUAAAAAGGUUUGAUGGCAUUCAUUUUACUUUCUUUUUUCCCUUGUGUUUAUUUAAUCACUUAUAUCAAUGUGAGUAAUAUUUUUGCCAUUUGUUUUAAGUGGUGUAAGGGUGUAGAAGAUUGGACCAAAAUUACGAGCCACAAUAAUCCCUCAAGAAUGUUUUUCACUGCACUCUAGUCUAGGUUUUGCCUUAUUCCUUCCAUGUAAAUAAGACAAAUAAGUGCAAACCUUUAAUGUGGGUUACUGUAUAGAAAGUACUGUGCCUCGAAGAUUUUUUAUUGCUAUAAUGACAGCAAAACUACUAACAAACCAUAAAAAGGGAUUUAUACUGGUUUGCACAGGAGAUGUACAUAAUUAAUCUUUUAAUAAAAAAUGUGAAACAUUUCUUAGAAUGCCAAGUUUUGUUACUUUUCUCCUGGUUCUAAUCAGAUAUAUUUCUCCUUUUUUGGACCACAGCUAAUAUGUGUGCAAACAGCUAACGCAGUGUUCCAGUAUACACAAAUCAAAUUACAUUUUGCAGGUUUUUUUUUUGUUUUUGUUUGUUUUAUUUCUAAAGAACCCAGAGUGCUUUAAUGUGACACGGGUUGGAUAUCACACAUGACACCUUGUCCUGAGCUGAAUUGUGGAGAUGGCCAGGUAACGCUCUUCCUGGAGUGUCCAGUGGGAUAUUGGUAGCGAAGCUUUUUCUCAGAGAAUUCCCGUGGAGAGAAACGCGUCGGGUUUAAAGGAACGGCUUUAAUGUUCCAACUUGAACAGCUAUCUGGUGACUCUGGGCUGACCUUUGUCCUCUCGGCAAGUCACACGUUGUUUCACCCUGAUGCAUUUUCACCCUGAUGUUUCACCCUUGUUCACCCUUGUACUGUGAGCCAAGAAACCAGGCAGGAGGAGGAGCUUUGUACUAUUCCGUUGCACAGUCAUCAGCUUGCUAAUGCAAACUGACAGAGUGGAAUAUUUUUAAUCCAAAGCUAUUUCUGCUGCUGUUGCAUUCAUGUCAGCAGAGCUUCUGCUAGAGGAAUUCACAACUAAAGCCAUGUUGCCACUUUCUGAGUUGUUUUUCUUCUCUUUUUUUACUGCUUUGUUUGGCCUUUAAAAAAGUUCACUUUUCAAUGUUUGUGGCCUUUUGUCCAUUUUAAGUAAAUAGUUUUUAAAAAAGAAGAAAAGAUUUCAUGGUUAAUUAUUAUCAUAGUGGUGAAAAAGACUGAAAGUUAACCAGUAACAGUUUUAUCAGUUUUUAUAAUGAAUUUAGAUUUGUGUCUGGUUUAAGUUCUUUACUGUUUUAUGAGCUAAUGCUUUAUCAAUUGUAGACAGUAUCUAAAGUAUAAUUUCAUCAAAAUGAGGAAUGUCAUUUGAUCAGGCUUGGUUUAUGUUCAAAUUAUUAACCUUUAGCUAAAACUCUUUGCCAUCUACCGUCUAUGAUUGAUUGUGAAUGGAUAACGUUUUAUGGCUAAAUGAUUCAAAGGUUCCCACUGAUAUUCAGAAUAAAAUCUAUUUUUUAUUUCUUUA